CUCCAGAGUAGCCCUGGUGCACCGCUACAAGAUUCAGUCACAGAGCAGGGUGACCUGGGCAAUGGCAUGGAGCUGCCUGGCUACCUCCCUGCACACCCACGCUGUGUUCAUUUUCCCCCUCAGUGUUCUGCACUGGUACUGGAGACCAGUGGUCCUCCCUGCCCAAGCCCCUGGGUCUCUUCGUGUGGCCUGGGAUGUGUUAGCCUGUCUCCUUCUCUUUGACCUGCAGUACUUUGUGUGGCACGUGCUGCACCACAAGGUGCCCUGGCUCUACAGGACUUUCCAUAAGGUGCACCACCGCUACACAGCCACCUUCGCCCUGACCACAGAGCACUCUGGGAUCUGGGAGACCCUGAGUCUGGGCUUGUUUGCUGCAGUGAACCCUAACCUGCUGGGCUGCCACCCGCUCACCAAGAUGUUCUUCUUCACCCUGAACAUUUGGCUGUCUGUGGAGGACCACUCAGGUUAUGACCUGCCCUGGGCCCCUCACAGACUGGUACCCUUUGGGCUCUAUGGCGGAUCUCCGCACCACGACCUCCACCAUCUCAAGUUCAUGGUCAACUACGCACCCUACUUCACACACUGGGACAGGCUGUUCGGCUCGCUGCUGCAUACAGACAAACCAGACACGUUUGAUGUAGAUGUGUUGGAUGCUUCAAAAAUAUGUGAUACAGCAUCAAGUGGUGUGACUGAUGUAAGCCAUGCACCAGUGUAUGAGACUACACAAAGCUGUGUGAAAGACUAUGAGGUACAGUUCAGAGGAAAAUGAGAAGGACCUUUUCUCUGACUGUUAUUUGGAUUUUUAUGAAUAAUGACUAAAUUAUGUAUACAUUUAACUUAGAACGAAAACUAAACAGAAUAGUACUAUGUCACUGUGUGAAUGUAUGAAUCUUAUCUUUGUUUUUUUUAAUUGCAAAACUGUGAAGAAAAAAAUGGAGAAUCAUGUGACCAAUGGACUAUUACUGUAGCUGCUUCAAUACAAUGAAUGUAUGUAUAUGAGUGUAUAUGAGUGUAUAUAUGGGUGAUUCUGCAACUUUGGCCACUUUGGCCGUGCAAACUUUCAGAAAGUAAAACUUAUUCAAACACCAUUUUACCAGUAUUGUACUUGUCUUUGAUUUGUCUAGAAACUAUAUCUGAUAAUGGCUACGGUCGUACUAUUCAGGAAUGUAUAUAUAUUUGUUCCUUUUCCCAGACAGCCAUAGACAAAUGUCAUUUCCAUCACGUCAUUAAACAUCCAUUUUUGUUGAAAAUCUAAAUAUCAUACAAUUGAUUUAUGACGGAGUUCUUAUACAUUUGUGCAUGAACUUGUAUUGAAUAUUAUUUUAAGUGAUUUUUAAGGUUUCACGAUGCCUGAAUGUAUAAACUUGCCUUGCUGACAGCUGAAAACAUUUAUUUAUCAUGAAAAAUAAGAUAUUUCCACCCAACCUUUUUGUGAGAUUAUGAUAACAACCGUAUGAUUUCCACAUCUAAAACAAAUUAAAUGUAUGUAAAUUAAACAUAAUAUACUAAUUUACCUCAAAAAUAUGGGUUGUGAUGGAAAUGACAAGGUGUGGUGGAAAUGACUUCUAUGUUAAAAAUCAACAACAUAUGAAAACAAAGUGAACUGCCUGGAUUUCACUGGUGUAUUUACACAGGUACUGUAGUUCUCUGCAAAGUUAAUAUGCACAAUGAUCUCCUCUUUCUCCGGAUUCUCUAUUAAUUCUCUCAGUUUGGAGUGUUGGUGCUGAAUGUCGUACACGUGUUUCCCCAACUUCUCUUUCAAUCUGUUGGAGAAGUCCUCCAAUAGAAUCUGCAGUGUGCCACAUACCUUUUAUUUUACUGUCAAAUGUACAGUGAACUUCUCCAUGUUUCCCUCUUUGUUUUUCUUCUCUCUCUCUUCAGCUUUGUUUUUCCACUCAAACCACUAUGUCUGCUCACCAGCAUCAAAGUCAGAUAUUUUAAGCUCUUUGGCUUGGCAAAGAGAGCACUCUCUAUACAUGCACUCUGUCUUCAGGUUCUCACAACCCCAAAAUGAUGUCUUUUGCAGAAUUCACAGUAGGAAAUUUGAAUUUCUGAAUAUUCCCUCUUAAAUUUCUGAUAAAGGUUCUGAAUUGUGCCAUUCAAGAAGCGCUUCUGCUUUUUCUUCUUGUUCCUCAUUAGUGUGUCCUUUUUCCCUGUUGUUGCUCUGCUGUUGUCAUCACGUUCAUAGAAUCUUGUGAUUUUCUCUUCUGUGGCUGUGCUAAUUCGGCUACACAAAUUUUUCCUGGAGUAUUGAAGACUUGACGGCCUGUUUUCAUUGGCCCUCAUUGCUUUGAUGAAAAGGAAAAUUCUCUGUUUGCGGCUUUGAGCAGGCCAUACGUUCUCAGGAUGUCUGAGCAUUUUUGAAGCCCCUUGUUUGACCUUGGCACUGCAAUGUCUUUUAUACUUUUGUUUUAACUCUGCAAUGAUGGCAUUUUGAAACAAUACAAUCCUUCUCAAGUUCUUCAGAGUUCCCUUCAUUUGCGGUUUUGUCUUUGUCUUUGGGGAAUCUUGUCUCUCCAUUUUGUUCAUCAGUCGAUCAUACCUUUUUUUGUAUUUCUCAGCUUUCCAUAAAGCAUUAUCAAGUUUGACAUUUGUCAUAAUAAGAUCUCUGUAUGCUCUGUAUGCAUACUCACAAUAAAUAUUGAUAUAGAUUUUA